AUGGAGUGGUUUGGAAAAGCCAAAAUUGAGUUUACUCAUUCACCAGCACCGAGAGCCAUCAAGCAAAAGGAUGGCAAGGACACCGACCUACUCAAAAUCUGCGAGGCAACCACGCCGCCCUGCCAUCUGAACCCGCUGUUGUUCAAUGGCCACGUCCAGACCAUGUGGACGGCGACGAAGCCCAGUGGACCCCAGGUCUUUUACCGUCGGCGCUUGUUUGACGCAGACCACGACACGUACAAGGGGUCGUAUGCUGUCGACUUUGCUGUCGAGCCCUUUGAAGAAAGCGACCCCACGCUCCCGCACCGCACUGUGUAUUUCACAGAGGAGGAGGAGAAGAAUCUGGGGUCCGAUGACGCGAGGCCCAUGGUGGUCGUAUUGCACGGCCUCUCUGGCGGCUCUCACGAGAUCUACCUCCGACACACCAUCGCGCCGCUGCUUGGCCAAGGAGGCUGGGAGGCCUGCGUCGUCAACUCUAGAGGAUGCGCCAGAAGCAAAAUCACUAGUGGCGUACUGUACAAUGCUCGCGCCACAUGGGACGUGAGACAGACAAUCAAGUGGCUACGCGAAAAGUUUCCCAAUAGACCUCUGUUUGGCCUUGGUUUCUCCCUUGGUGCCAACAUGAUGACAAACUAUUGCGCUGAAGAGGGCGAAAGCUGCGUUCUCAAAGCCGCUGUUGUCUGCUCAAACCCGUUCAACCUGGAUUGUGCCAGUAAGCUUAUGCAGAGCACUUUUAUCGGAAGGGAGCUUUAUCUGAGGGUCAUGGGCUCUUCGAUGAAGCAACUCAUUGCCAACCACAAAGAGGAGAUCAAGAAGCACACAAAUCUCGACUUGGAGGCUAUCAAGCGCAUCACCUAUCUGCAUGAUUUCGAUAGAGAGGUUCAAUGUCCAACCUGGGGAUACCCCACCGAAUCUGCGUACUACCGUGACGCCUCUUCCUGCGAUUCGGUCUUGUCCAUCAGAAUACCUUUUUUGGCUGUCAAUGCCAAGGACGAUCCUAUUGCAGUCGGUGCUGCACUCCCGUACCAAGAAUUUCGCCAGAACCCCAACACCAUCCUGCUAACGACAUCACUCGGCGGGCACCUAUGUUGGUUCGAGUGGGGUGGUACAAGGUGGUUGACCAAGCCCGUCAACAACUUUUUGAACCACAUGGCCUUUGAGGUUGACUUUGACUCGGCCAAGCCAACAAAAGAUGCGCAGGGCGACCAAGGGCCCAUCGCUUUCGACCCUAUGCGACGAAGACUGUAUGUCCCGCAAAUGUAA